CAGGGAACCACCGAUCACCUGAUGAGUGAACAACACGCUCUGAACCUGACGUUUCAUAUCAACUGAUCGAUCACCUGAUCAGGUGAAAUGGCACUGGACUCGUGAAGCUCAUGAAAUCCUGACGACGACUAUCCUGACCCGCCUGGAAACUCAGGUUCUCCUGGAAUCUGAUGAAGGCCCUGAAGGACUCCCUGGAAUGUCAUUAGGAACCUUGAGAACCGCCUCAAGAACCAUGUCUCAAACACUCUCGGUCUUCAGAGAACCCACGUGACCUCCUGAAGAAACCUGGAACCUUUUCAAGAACCCUGGAAUUUUUUCAAGAACCCUGGAACCUGGUCCAGCCCUCCUGGGACCUCCUAAUGAACCACUUUAACCUACCCAAGAACCACAGCAGCUCUUCAAGCACCCCUGGGACCUUUUCAAGAACUUAAAAACCACCACAGGAACAUGGUCGGACUUAAGACCCUCUGAAGCCCAGAAUCUGGACCAGUUCUCCUGGAACCCCUUAGAGAAACCCUUAAAUACACUUAAGGUACCCUGGAACCUCUUGGAAGAAGUCUUCAGGUUCUCUUUGUUGUUUCUGUGGGACCUGCUGGACCUUCACAUGGACAGUGACAACAAACAGAAGAACAAUAGAGCCCCCGCCCCCUUACCUGCUCAGGUGUGUCAGAAUCAGAAUCAGAGCGGUUGGACCAGUUCAGAUCAGAUUUUAGCUUGAGGGUUACCUGUCCACAGGGCUCCUGUAGGAGCGUCCAGUGCCCCCGUCAUGUCGGACAUGGAGCUGAGGGAGGAAUGGCAGGAUGACGGCUUCCCGAGGCCUCUCCCGGAGGAUUGUGGGAGUCCAGAGGAGGCAGAGAGUCCGUCAGGCGGCGAGCAGCGGCCAGCUCCGCCCACCAGCCUCGCUCUAUCAGGAAGUGUUGUGGGCGGGGCUAAGAAGCGUCUGACGGCGCCGUCUCUCAGCCUCACACUGAGCCGCAGCAAUGACGGCCUCUCCGCCACCGCGCUGUCCGCCACACCUGACGAGACACCGUCACUCGACAUCAACCUGGAGGCGCUGGAGACGCCGUCAGGCAGCGAGACAGGAACACUGCCAGACAGCACGCACGACCUGGAGUGGGAAGAUGACCUCCCUCGCAUGGCGAGGAGUGGGGCCAGCGCUGCGGCCCGGAGCCCGGUGGAGCAGUCGGAGGUUCUGAUGGAUCUGGACCAGGUGGACAGCAGGGGACGCCGCUGGCGGAGGUUCUGCAUCUCAGGACACGAGUAUGAAGUGAACAUGAGUGUCCUGGAGCCGUACCUGCAGGUCCUGUCACACGGAGGUUACUAUGGCGAUGAGAUGAAUGCCAUCAUCCUGUUCACUUCCUGUUACCUGCCGGAGAACACGGUGGACGACUACGAGUACGUCAUGGACAACCUGUUCAGGUACAUUGUGGGGACAUUGGACCUCAUGGUGUCAGAGAAUUACCUGUUGGUCUACCUGUGUACGAUGGCUCCCAGAAACAAACUGCCAGCCAUCAAAUGGCUCCACCAGUGCUACACCUCCAUUGACAGGAGACUGAAGAAAGACCUGAAGGGACUGCUGGUCGUCCAUCCCGCCUGGUACAUCAAAGCUCUCAUCACUGUGGUCAAACCAUUCAUCAGUGAGAAGUUCAGCAGGAAGAUCCGCUUCGUCCAGAAUCUGCAGGAACUGUCUCGCUUGAUCCCCACAGACAGGCUACAGAUCCCCGAUGCUAUACGCCAGUUUGAUGAUAAGUUGAACAGAUGACGGUCACAGACUCGCAGAGGUCAAUAGACUGGAUGAAUCCUGAAGGUCAAAGGUCAUCACCAGCCUCUCAACCUGAUGACUUCUGACCUACUUCCUGUACAGAACAAAGUUUAUUUAUACUGUCUGUCUUUGAAUCGGGUGAACAUCUGUUUCUCCUGCAGCUUCAGACUCAUUCCACAUCUUAAGGCUUCAUUACCGUCCUGAUAGUCCUGAUCCUGUGAGGAUCAUUAAGACUGUUAGGAUUACCUUUUUCUGCUGUGACUUCUGUCCCAAAGUCCUGCUCCUUCAUGGCAGGGCUCCCAAUCCUGGACUGCAUUUUGCCCCUUGGAUCCUUCCCUGCCGGAUCCUUGGUUCCUGCCGGAUCCUUGGUUCCUGCCGGGUCUCUGUUUCCUGCCGGGUCUCUGGUUCCUGCCGGGUCUCUGUUUCCUGCCGGGUCUCUGGUUCCUGCCGGGUCGUCGGUUCCUGUCGGGCCUGUGGUUGUCUGGACUCCACGCUGUGUUACUUUGUAACAAACAUUUUUAGCUACAUUUUCUGAGCUAAACUUGUUGCUGCUAAUCUCCCAGCUCUUCCUCACCUGUGGCUGGUCUGCCUUUCUGGACACCUGGAGACUCCACCCCUCACCACGUGUUCAGGACAGGUAACUGGAGCUCGCUCUGAAUUCUCAGACUGUGCAUCUAGUCUGAAGCUGCUGUAGGAAGACUUAAUGUUAAUGUCUGAUUCUGGACCUGCAGGUGUGUUGAACAUAAAUUAUGUAAAUAAGGUUGAUUUGGGUUAAAUGUUUGUGUUUGUAGACAGAAGUUCAAAUAAAAGCAUUGAUCAAAGCUUCAAAAUAAAAGACACCUGUUUGUUUUUCAUACCUUCAGUUUUCUGUUCAGAACCUUUAGAACCAGAACCACCAACUACAAAAACACACAAGUAACAUGAUGGUCUGAACGCUGUCUACAGAGGAUAAAGCUAACAGGUCCCAUGAUAUGAUGCUAACAGACACUGUUUUCAUUUGUUCAUGAAACUUUCGACUCUCUGUGUUAAACCAGUAUCACCAGGACAGAUGGACACAGGUGGAUAGAGGUAGAUACAGGUGGACACAGGUAGAUACAGGUGGACACAGGUGGAUAGAGGUAGAUACAGGUGGACACAGGUGGAUACAGGUGGAUACAGGUGGACACAGAUAGAUAGAGGUAGAUACAGGUGGACACAGGUGGACACAGAUAGAUACAGGUAGACACAGGUAGACACAGGUGGAUACAGGUGGACACAGAUAGAUACAGGUAGACACAGGUGUUGUGUUGCUGUCUGUUGUUGUCUGUUGUUGUCUGUUGUUGUGUUGCGGUCUGUUUUUGUGUUGCUGUCUGG